GUCCACCCCGUCCAACUUCCAACUUCAAUGGACGACGACCUCGUCGCGCGCCUCAACGCACUCAAGGGCGUGUCGGCCGGACCUGUGUCCCCCCGCGCCUCCACCGGGCUUGCGGCCGCAGCCCAGUCCGCGGCCGACGAUGAUAUAGCCCUCGACAAGCUUGCACACGCCCUCCCCUCGGCUCCGGAUGACGAUGACGAUCUUGAGGCCCUGCUGGCCAGCAUAGGGAGUGACAGCCUUGAAGUCGACUACCUCGAGCCUGGGGGACUAGAGCGCGAUGCGAGUACGCUCCUCGACGAGGCCCGACGAUACACGACGGCGUCGGAGCCAACUGUCACAGAGACAGAAUUGAGGCAUAACCCCCAACCUGACGACGACGGAGAGGGCGGCACGGCGGCCUCGACCCUCGAGCGCGCCCUGGCGGAGGCCGCGCUCUCCGACGACGAAACAGCGCCGAGUCCGACCGCCUCACAUCUUCCUCAGGCCCGUGUCGCCCCCGUCCGUGCACCGGGGCUCCUAGAUCCGUCUCCAGAUCCCGAGAUGGCGGCCGCGCUCGCCGCGCUCUCCUCCCUCUCCCGGCCGCUGCCCGAGCUGCAAGACGACGACGACGUGCCCGCUGACAUGAAGGCGCGCAUGGACCUGCUCAGCGGGCUGCGCGGCCCCUCCAAUUUUCCCGCUGUGCCCCGCCGCGAGCCCAAGAAGGAGGAGAAGGGGAUGGGGCCGCCACCACGCGCCCCCGGACAAGGGUGGGGCAUUCCGGGGUACGAGGAUGGCCGGGACGACGAUCUGGAUAGUUGGUGCAGUAUCUGCAACAAGGACGCCGAGCUGCGCUGCCGCGGCUGCGACGGCGACCUGUAUUGCCGCGCGUGCUGGGCUGAGGGACAUGGCACGGGGCCCGGGCAGGAGCGUGGACACAAGGCUGAUAAGUUUGUAUGGCGAGGGCGCUGAGGCGCGGGGAGGCUGGAGCGGGGUUGGGAUAUCCAUGGCAUGACAUUAUCGUACAUUAAUCGCUCAUAGCGUUGUCUCGACAUGGA